AUGCUCUCUGAACACAUUCAUCCGUUGCUGGACAACGUUGUAGAAGAACUUAAAGAUUUCGUGUUAGUAGAAGAAUAUCAAAAACAAAUUAAAUUUGAUGUUAAAAAGGACUGCUUAGAAGUGUCGAUAUCAUUUGAACAUUCUGAAGACCCAUUAGUGUUAAAGUUUCUUGAUGCUAUAAUGAAAUCAGCGGAAAAUAUCAAAAACUGUGCAUUUAGAUUGAUGACCGAUCCGUAUGAUCAGAAUCCGAUUCUUCGAAGUUAUUCGAAGAGAAACAAAUUGCCACGAUGUUGCGAGACAGAAAAUUCUUUUAAUAGCCGUCUAUUCUUUCAUGAUGGAAAUACUUAUUUUGCACGAUCCCUUAACUAUGCUGAUAAUGCUGUAUAUCCUUUUGAACCUGAGUUGUGCAUCUUGGAAGAGGCUGUCAGCAGAAGCUUCAAAAUGAAACUGAAAAAUACUCGUAACUUGCUGUAUGGCCAACACCGAUUGUCAUUAAACGUUCCCGAUCAAGUUGCAUUUCUUAUUAAGGAGAGACCUGAACUGCUGAGUUACGCGAUAAGACAGAACAACAGUGAAGUUGAAGAAGAGCUUAUCGAGACGCUGCCUUGGUUUGAUAACAGAACAAUGGUUAAAACAUUAGUCGUGGAUAAAGAUUACCAAAAGUUGAAUCCGAUCGAAUGCAUUGAUAGCCCAACUGACUCAAUAUCUGAACGAGCUGCUUGGGCUCUUUUCAAAGUUCUGGAAGGUUCCAAGUUUUCUAAUAUUUCACAGAAAAUUGAUCCGAAGGAAUCAUUCGAAGAUGAGCGCAAAAGGUUCAUAAAAGAUGUACUGAUGGGUAGGAAGCCAAACACAUUGAACGCCCUUUCGCGUGCCUUCCUCUUAAUCACUGAAACAGAUAAGGCUGGUUGCAAAAAAAUCCUUCUAACUUCCACUGAUUCGGAUGUUGAUGAGCGUACAAAACCUAAGCUAAAAAAAAAGUAUAAGAAACGUUUACCAGAGGAAAUUAAGACAAAGUCCUGGAGCAAACAAGUAAACAAUGGUUUCACCAGUGUUGCCGGCAUUCCUGAAUUAGAUGAAAGAUUGAAUUAUGCGGAAGGCAUAGCAUCUGAUGAAGAUUCAUUGGGAGAUGACGAAGAAAUUGAUUUCUUAAGUAGGAAGAGCAACAAAAAAGUUUUGUCUCGUGAUAAUGAGAAAGACUUGAAAAUACUGCAAACUGCGAUGGAAUCUGCAGAAUUAGAAGAAAAUGAGAGAGCUUGGGAAGAACUGCAACCAUCGGCCGCACCUUUAGCAGAAUUGAUAUAUCUUGAAGACUAUGAAGAUUUAUGA